UGCUCGCGCGGGGCGGCGGGGUGGUCCAAGCCUCCGAGCCCAAGUCGCGUACAUGUAUACACACUACUACUCGCCAGGGCGGCGCCCAGUCCGUUCUCUAUAAAGUGUCGCGACGUCGCCACCGCAAUUUCAUUCCCGUCCUGUCUAUUCUGCCCCUGUCAGAACGUUGCGCGUCGUCGCCAGCGAAGCAAGGUGGCGAGAUUCGAAUCGCGCGUUACUCCCACCGAUAUGUCCAUACCUAUGGCGACCAUGAGCAACGGCAAUGGAUCAACGAUGCAGAUUAACACUCGACCUGAUGACAUUCGAAAGCGAAUCAUUGGAUCGGAUGAUAGUAAACAGUCAGAGGCAACAACAUGCGGGAAUAUUCUCGUUAUAUUAUCAUGGAUUGUCGUAAUUUUGACGAUGCCGUUUUCUCUCUUUGUUUGUUUUAAGGUCGUGCAAGAAUACGAGAGAGCUGUUAUAUUUCGAUUGGGGCGUCUUUUAUCAGGUGGUGCCAAAGGCCCCGGAAUCUUCUUUAUUCUGCCAUGUGUGGACAAUUACGCGCGCGUUGAUCUACGAACACGAACGUAUGAUGUACCUCCGCAAGAGGUCUUGACAAAAGAUAGCGUUACGGUAUCUGUUGAUGCGGUAGUUUACUAUCGUGUUAAUAACGCGACUAUUUCGAUUGCGAACGUGGAGAACGCGCAUCACAGCACGAGACUAUUGGCCCAAACGACUCUAAGGAAUACUAUGGGAACGCGACCGCUUCAUGAAAUAUUGAGCGAACGUGAAACAAUCUCCGGAAAUAUGCAGGUUGCCCUAGACGACGCUACCGAUACAUGGGGAAUAAAAGUAGAACGAGUCGAAAUCAAAGACGUUCGUCUACCUGUUCAAUUACAGCGAGCCAUGGCAGCGGAAGCCGAAGCUGCACGUGAGGCACGCGCUAAAGUGAUUGCUGCGGAGGGUGAACAAAAGGCCAGCAGAGCUUUGAGAGAGGCAUCAGAAGUCAUCGGUGAUUCUCCGGCCGCCUUGCAGCUCCGUUAUUUGCAAACACUGAACACGAUAUCGGCGGAGAAGAAUUCUACCAUUGUGUUCCCGCUACCGAUUGAUAUGCUGACUUAUUUUAUGAAAGCUUUACCGAAAGAAUAAUCGUGCAAAAGAAUGUCGCGUUUGCGAGAUAUAAUAAUAGAAAAAGAAGAAUGAUAUUUUUCUUCUCAAACUCUUUGGGAAGUAAGGAGUUUCAUUUGACAAUGUAUAUGUAUUUGACAAGCUUACGUAUUAUAUCUCAAUGAUGGAGAGUUGCCAAUAUUUGACCAAUUUGAUAAUUUUAAAUUAAACAGGCUAAAAUCGAGAAGAGUUACAUGGAGAAUUAACUUGUAUAGUAUAUGUAUAAUUUUGUCGCGCAGGAUUGAUUCGAAGAAUCGAAUACUGUACAGACUGAAAAACAUAUUUUUCGAAAAUCUUACAUAGUUACUUUACACAUUUACGUAUUGUUAAAGGUAUAUAAAUGUUUGUUUAGAGCACGGAUAUAGAACGUAAUUGUAUAACAUCGAUAUUUGCUUAUUUUCCAGUUUUGCAUAUAUAAAUUUUUUGACACGACGACAAUUCCACUUGCGUCAAAUAUAUAUUUAUAAUUAACACUCAAACGAUGGAAAGAUACAAUGAUUAAACACAGAUUGACAAUCCGUUCACAGAUCUCGCACUGCCACUAACAUCAAAUUAUACUUGUACAAACUGCAAUUAAUUUUUUAACGACAUAACUAACUGAUCGGUCGAUUAGUGUAAAUUUACUUCACACAAUAAUUAGUCGAUAAAUAAGAAGCGAUUAUUUCUAUCUUGGUAAUUUUAUAAAAGAUAGAUAUGCAUAUAAAAACAUUGAACGAUAUCAAGAUUAAUUAACAUUGAAUGAUAUCAAGAUUAAUUAACAAUCAGCAAUUCUUUCAAUUUUGCCUAUUUAUCGCGUUUACGGCACUAAAUAACACUUUGUCAAGUAACAAAUUCAAUUCAUAUUGUAUCCCACGAUAAAUUUAAGGAUAAUAAAUUUUACAGUCACUAAUAGGAAUACGUGUACUUUAGAGAUCUGUGUGAUAAUUAUUUGAUCCAAUAUCGGCAACUCUUGUUUGCGAUAUUUAUACAUACAUUGCUUACUCGAUUAUACAUAUUCCUUUAUACAUAUUUGUCCUUUGACAUACGACCUGUCUCAUGAAAAAAGUCCAAAGAAUCGGAUCAAUUAUAAAUGAUCGGAUUAUAUGAUCUCGGAGAAAACUACUACUAUACAAUACUGAUUGAGAGGAAUAAAAUAUUUGAAAAUGAACAAACGACAUUAUAUUUGUUAAAAGCAUGCAUAAUAAUACAGCAUCAUAGAAUCAAGGAUAUGUGUGCAUCUAUAUAACAUCUAACAUUUUUAUAUAUUUGA